AACGAGAAGUUCUUUUUUCUUUUGCAGGAGUCGCCUAGGGCACACACUGUUUGGUGCCAUGAGUUGUGCAUUAGCGAUGGAAUAGGCGAAACCGACUUGUCUUCGGAUUGUGCUUGGGUGGGACGAAAACCUGAAAGAGGAGGCAAAUUCUUCAAGCAGUUCAAUAGCAUCACAUACCAUCUCUAAUUCUCAACCCAGGUAACUAUUCUUCACUCUUUCCAUCUAAAUGAACAAGCUUUUUUUUGUUUUUUCCUCAAACAAAUCAAAUGCUUCGUUUAAUUUGCAUAAAACUGCCCCAACAAUUGAAGCACAAAGCUUCAUCCCUUACCCAUGGCCACUUCUUCUCAACCUCCUCUGUCAAACCCGUCGCAGAACUCCCUAAUUCCAAGGACCCACAAUCUCUAACAGUCUCCUUCCUCCAAAACUCAUGUGGGUUGUCCUUGGAAUCAGCCAUUUCAGCUUCCCAGAAGCUCAACAUUGAGAACCUAAAGAACCCCAACUCAGUUCUUGACCUGUUGAGAACUCACGGUUUAACUCAGACCCAUAUUAGAAAGUUAAUUAGCAGUCGUCCACGAUUGCUAUUGGCUGAUUUAGACAAUAUCCUUAAGCCCAACUUGGAGUUGUUUGAAUCCUUGGGGAUUUCUAGCACUAGCCUUGCCAAAAUGCUUAGCAUCGCCAACAACCCACGUGUGCUUGAAAGUGAUGCAUACACUGUGGUUGAGUUCUUUAGAGCUCAUGGUUUCAGAGAUGAGCAAAUAUCAACUUUGACCGUGAAGCGUCCACUUUUGUAUUUAUUCAAUGCGCACAAGAUCUUAAAGCCAAAGUUGGAUUUUUUCAAAUCUUUGGGCUUUUCGGAUCUUGAAAUUGCAAAGCUUUUAUCCACGCAGCCUUCCAUUCUAGCAAGGAGCCUCGAAAAGCAUAUCAUUCCUUGUGUUCAAGAGCUUAGGCAGAGUCUUGGCACUGAUGAGAAUGUAUUAAAGGCUAUAAAGGCAGGCUACGGGUUAAUUCAAGCAAAUGUGGAAAAAGUGCUCAAGCCCAACUUGUCGAUGUUGAUAAGCCAUGGUGUGCCCCAUUCAUUAGCUUUGAAACAGUUGUUUUUAAGAUCAAUGAGUAAGACACUGUGGGAGCGAAAGGUGGAAGCUUAUAAAAGUUUUGGUUUGUCAAAGGAUGAGAUUUAUUUAGCAUUCAAAAGGCAACCAUUGUUUAUGGCCAUUUCAGAGAAGAAGAUCAAGAAAUCGAUGGGUUUCUUUGUGAACAAACUGAAGAUUAAGCCUUCUCUAAUAUCCAAGCAUCCUAUUCUUAUACAGUUUAGCUUGGAGAAGAGGAUUAUUCCGAGGUGUUCAGUUCUGCAACUUUUGAUUUCAAAGAGGUUGAUCAAGGAAGAUACUAGAAUUUUUCACGUGAUCAGAAUGAGUGAGAACAAAUUCGUGGAGAAGUUUGUGAGCAAGUAUCAAAAUGAGGUACCUGAUGUUGUUAGGGUGCACCAAGGGAAGAUUGAAUUUCAAGGGUUCCCCAUUGAUUUGAAACAGUGGUGUGUGGGGCCUCCAUUGAAGCCACGAUUCCUCUCUCUCUCUCUCUCGCUCGCUCGGUUGAAGGGGCAUAGCUAUAACAUUCCCAAGCAUUGUGUUCCAGUCACAAGUGGAUGAUACAUAUGUAAUGAGGCCUAGAGAGAGUGUUUAUAUCAUUCUGGUUUUGGUCAAUCCUGCAGAAUGACCAAGCCCCAGCCAAGCUACUCUGCCUACCGCGAAGCCAGCUUUGGUCAUGGGAUUUUAGAUAUAAAGAACAGGACUCAUGCUUAUUUUGGUUGGAAUCGUAAUCAAGAUGGCUAUGCUGUAGAGGAUGGUUGUAGAACUAUUUGAAAAAUAUCCAAAUUUUUGCAGGUUAAGUUAAGAGUUUAUUGUAAAUAAUUAAUUGUUUGGAGUAUUUGACAAAUAUUGCCAUUCCAAAGAAUUCUUAUUCAAAUGUGUAUCUGUAGUGUAUUGCCACACUUCUUACUGAUGUAGUGUAUUGCCACUAACUAUUCGAAUAGAUUGCAU